UGCAAAAACUCAUACAUUUGACAAGCGACAAGUAAUUUUUCUACAGGUACAAUGAUAUUCAUAACAAAAUCGCGGCUGGAUAUACUAGAAUAUUUGUCGUACCCUUCGCCACCCACUACCAAAUUCGUAUUUCGUCAGCCGCCUUUGUCCUAUCAAAACAAUCUUUUCAUAUUACCGUUCAGGCCCAAAGUGUGGUUAUGUAUUCUUGGACUCAUUAUACUGUUAACAACUAUUCUACUCAUCAACGCGUACUGGGAAUAUGAGAAAUUGGACAUCCGGAACAAUAACGAUCAAACAGUGUUGCGACCAAAUAUAAGCGAUAUUUCUAUAUUGGUUAUAAGUGCUAUUUCUCAACAAGGAAGCUUCACCGAACUCAAAGGUACCCUCGGACGCGUGGUAAUGCUCCUAUUAUUUUUCGCGUUUGUGUUCCUGUAUACCUCCUAUUCGGCAAAUAUCGUAGCCUUGUUGCAGUCCAACUCUAACAAGAUAAGGACUCUAUCUGACCUUCUGAACUCCCGACUUGAACUGGGCGUCGAAGAUACGACGUACAAUCGAUAUCAUUUCUCGAUUGCCACUGACCCAAUAAGGAAAGCCAUAUAUCAAACUAAAAUAGCGCCUCAAGGAUCGAAAGACGCCAACUUUAUGAGUUUAGAGGAAGGAGUUAAAAAGUUACAAACGAAACCAUUCGCCUUUAAUAUGAACUUGGGAACUGGCUACAAGCUGGUUGAAAGAUAUUUUCACGAACACGAAAAGUGUGGUCUUCAAGAGAUUCAGUACAUUCAGGAAUCAAAAGCUUGGCAAACGUGCCGAAAAAAUUCGCCGUACAAAGAAAUUUUUAAAAUUGGUUUGAUCAGGAAUCAAGAACAUGGUCUGAACGAUCGAGUUAAUCGGUUAAUAUACACGAAGAAACCUGCCUGCGCUUACCGCGGUAGCAGCUUCGAUUCCGUCAACAUGAUCGACUUUUAUCCAGCAUUACUUCUACUGCUGUAUGGAAUGAUGUUUGCGAUCCUCUCUCUUCUUUUAGAAAUUCUUUAUCACAAGCGAGUCAUGCGUAUUUCUAAAAAAAUGUGCGUAAUUCAAACCCAAUAGAAGAUAAUGGGAGGCGUUAUGCUAUUAUUAUUAUGGGGUCAUGCUGCUGAUGUCGAAACUAUUUUCAUCCUGCAGAAGAGGGCUAUUCGUGCAAUCUAUAAUUUAAAAUGUAGGGAAUCU